AUGAGUGAAGUUGGUCAAUUCAUUUACACACCGUGCAGAAAUAGGCAACUUAGGUCACGGAAAAGCGUCACACUGUGCUAUAAAUAUAUUUUUCAAUUUAAACCUAGACCAGAAACCUUACGAACACAAGAAAACGAAAAGGACAAGGGAAAUAAAUGUUUUAACCGACUUCAAACAGGAAGGGGUCAUUCGUCGCCGAGCACUAUAAACGUGAAGCGUAUACUUGACUACACCAUCAGCGAGCUGUGGGCGCACGCGCAUAGAACGUUCACAUAUUCAGAUAUGGCGUACUUCUUCCACUGGUGGGCGAAUAGAGAUGAAACAGUUCGCCGCAUGGUGUACGCGCUAAUUCGCCAAGGGCGGCUGGACUUCGUGGGCGGUGGCUGGAGUAUGAGCGAUGAGUCCACCACCAGCUACCACGCCAUUAUAGACCAUUAUACCUACACCUUAAGAAAGAUCAACUCCACGUUCUUAGAAUGCGGACGCCCCCUAGUCGCUUGGCAGGCUGAUGUGCUGGGCCACUCGCGUGAGUUUGCCUCUUUGAUGGCGCUUAUGGGAUUCGAUGGCCUGUUCAUCAACCCCAUAAGCUUCGACGAUGAGUUGCCGCGAAUGAGGAGAAAGGGGUUGGAGUUUGUUUGGAGGGGUAGCGAUGAUUUAGGACCAUCGUCUGACAUAUACGCGCACAAGCUGUACGACGGCUACUGGCCUCCCCCAGGGUUCUGUUUUGGGUCCCAAUGCAGUGAUCCGUUGCUUAUCUCCUCUUCGGACACUUUCAGAAAUGUUAUCGAAAGAGUGGACGAGUUCGUCCGUCUGUCACAGAUAAGACAGGCCCCGUACUACACCACCAAGCACAUCAUGGUAGUGAUGGGUAUGCGGGACGGGUACCACGACGCCAGCGUGUGGUUCAGCAAUAUCGACAAGCUCAUACAGUUUGUAUCUAGCCCAAACAACCUUAAAGCGGGCUAA